GCAGAUAUAUGCGGAAUUCAUCAACGUUUGUAUUGAGAUGGACAUGCUGGUCCAUUUAGUAUAAAUUAAAGGGAAAGGCAGGCAGUUUGCAUAUCAUCCAUGUGUGCACAACUCAAAGAUCAGUAGAGAGAUAUGUCGAAGCUCUCAAGGCAGUCUCUUUUUCUCACCUUUCUUCUGCAGUUCUUGCUGCAAUUGCCAUGGUCAUCGCAUGCUCUUAAGCAGGGCGAACCACCCACGAAGCUAUACAUUGUCUACCUUGGGGAGAGAAGACACGAUGAUGCUGAUCUCGUCACUGAUUCCCACCAUGACAUGCUUGCCUCUGUUUUGGGAAGCAAGGAGGCGGCUCUUGAGUCCAUCGUAUACAGCUAUAGGUACAGUUUCUCUGGCUUUGCUGCAAGGCUCACAAAAGCACAAGCGAGCAUCAUCCGAGGGUUGCCUGAUGUGGUCAGCGUGAGAGAGAACCAUAUCCAUCAAUUGCAUACCAGUCGAAGCUGGGAUUUCCUUGGAAUGGACUACAGGCAACCAAAUGGCCUGCUUGCCAAAGCUAACUACGGGGAAGAUAUUAUUAUUGGUGUGUUAGACACAGGUAUCACGCCUGAGUCACCAAGCUUCGCUGAUGAUGGAUAUGGUCCCCCUCCAUCCAAAUGGAAAGGAAUUUGCCAAGUCGGUCCCUCGUUCGAAGCCAAAAGUUGCAACCGAAAACUUAUCGGUGCACGGUGGUAUAUCGAUGACGAUACUCUAAGCAGCAUGAGCAAGAAUGAAAUUCUAUCUCCUAGGGACGUGGAAGGCCACGGCACGCACACGGCCUCGACAGCCGGUGGCAACAUCGUCCACAAUGCUAGCAUUCUUGGUCUAGCUACUGGAACAGUUCGGGGUGGCGCGCCCCGUGCACGAGUAGCCAUGUACAAGAUUUGUUGGUCCGGCAGCGGCUGCUCCGCUGCCGUCCAGUUGAAAGCCUUGGACGAUGCUGUCUACGAUGGCGUCGAUGUGUUAUCACUUUCUCUUGGUAGUCCAUUGGAAGAUCUAGGCACCUUGCACGUCGUUGCCAAAGGAAUCCCAGUUGUAUACUCUGCUGGGAACGAUGGACCCGUUGCUCAGACAGUGGAGAACUCAUCACCAUGGCUGUUAACGGUUGCUGCAGCCACCAUGGAUCGAUCCUUCCCUGUGGUUAUCACCUUGGGCGAUAAUCAUAAGUUUGUGGCACAAUCCUUUGUCCUUUCACGGCAAACGACAAGUCAGUUCAGUGAGAUACAAGUUUUCGAGCGUGACGACUGCAAUGCCGACAAUAUCAACAGCACAGUGAAGGGGAAGACGGUCUUCUGCUUCGGGACAAAGUUGGAUCCGGAGCCAGACAUCAACAGCAUCAUCAAGGUGACGGGUGAGAAAGGAGGAACAGGGGUGAUCAUGCCAAAGUACAACACCGACACGCUACUGCAGGACGGCCCCCUCACUUUGCCUAUUCCCUUUGUCGUAGUUGACUACGAGAUCGCCUACAGGAUAUACCAGUACUACACCAAUGAAAAUGAUGGCACCGCAAAAGUGAAGAUAUCAUUAACCCAAACAACGAUUGGAAAAGUAACUGCCCCUAAAGUAGCAGCUUUCUCAUCGAGGGGGCCCAGUUCUAUCUAUCCUGGGGUUAUCAAGCCUGAUAUUGCUGCCGUAGGUGUUACGAUUUUAGCGGCUGCCCCAAAGAAUGUUAUUGAUUUAGGUAUCCCAUACCAUUUCGAGUCUGGAACAUCGAUGGCUUGCCCCCAUGUGAGUGGUAUCGUUGCUAUACUCAAAUCACUGCAUCCUGAAUGGUCACCUGCUGCCCUCAAAUCCGCAAUCAUGACUACAGCACUUACCUAUGACAACGAUGGGAUGCCGAUACAAGCUAAUGGAAGAGUUCAAAAGAUUGCGGAUCCUUUUGAUUAUGGAGCAGGGUUUAUUAAUCCGAAUAUGGCAGCUGAUCCAGGGCUCAUCUACGACAUCUCUGCAUCCGAUUAUCUCAAGUUCUUCAAUUGCAUGGGAGGACUAGGCUCAGGGGACAACUGCACCACAGUGAAAGGAUCACUUGCUGACCUAAACCUCCCGUCCAUCUCCAUCCCCAACCUCAAGACAAUCCAAGUCGCGACACGCACCGUCACUAACGUUGGCCAGGCCAAUGCCGUGUACAAGGCAUUCCUCCAACCCCCCGUCGGCAUCGAGAUGGCUGUUGAGCCGCCAAUGUUGGUGUUCUCUAAGGAUAGAAAGGUGCAGAGCUUCAAGGUGACCUUUAAAGUGACGAGGAGGCCAAUUCAGGGAGACUAUAGGUUUGGAAGCUUGGCUUGGCACGAUGGUGGUAACCAUUGGGUUCGGAUCCCCAUUGCAGUUCGCAUCGUGAUUGAAGAGAUCUACUCAAAGAUCUCCUAAUUAAUGUGAUCGAGAUAUGCUAGUAGCUACUUAUAAUAAUUCUAGUUGAUCAAUGUCGACUGAUAUUGUAUAAAUGAAGGACCAAUCCAUAUGCUUCACAUGCAGAUGUUAUAUACGUUUCUGCAAUGUAGCUUCAAGAAGUAUUUUACGCAAUCUUAUGUUAUAUGUUUGUUCUGAUUAAUAACAGAGUUUGUAUUUUCUAGCUAAA